AUGGCCAGCCUCGUGCACCAGGCGUCCAUGCCGGCGAUGGCGCCGCCGUGCGACGAGGAGCUGGUCCCGCAGGGCUUCAGCUGCUUCGGCCGCUCGCUGUCGCGGGCGUCGUCGUCGAGCCGGCUCGAGUACAGGGCGCUGCAGCAGGAGCAGGGCGAGGAGAGGCGCGCCGCCGCAGCGCAGGACGCGCGGUCGGCGCGCGCCAAGCUGCGGUGGAAGGCGGUGGCGCACGAGAUCAUGGCGAAGGGCGGCAGCGGCGCGCGGCGGAGGAAGCAGCAGCAGCAGCUGGCAGCCUUCAGCUACGACUCCCGGAGCUACGCGCUCAACUUCGACCGGGGCGCCGACGAGUAG